GAUUGCUUUCCCCUGGAGUUUAAUGUGAGUCGAUAGCAGAGUUGACUCUAGCGCUGAUGCAACACUGACAGGUCCUCCCAACCGGCUUUACUUACCCACGUCUCAUUGUAAGAAGACAGGUUUUGAGAAGGCUCUGCGCCAUGGCAGAUCAGUUAAGCCCGGAUGAGAAGUUCCACCUCAUCACUAGGAACCUCCAGGAGGUCCUUGGAGAGGAGAAGCUGAAGCAGAUUCUCCAGGAGAGAGAGCUGAAGGUGUACUGGGGCACAGCAACCACUGGGAAACCCCACGUAGCUUACUUUGUCCCCAUGUCCAAGAUAGCAGACUUCCUUAAGGCUGGAUGUGAGGUCACUAUUCUGUUUGCAGACUUGCAUGCCUUCCUAGACAACAUGAAGGCUCCCUGGGAGCUGCUGGAGCUCAGGGUGAAAUACUACGAACAGGUCAUCAAGGCCAUGUUGGAGAGCAUUGGUGUGCCCCUGGACAAACUCAAGUUUGUCAAAGGAACUGACUUCCAGCUCAGCAGAGAGUACACUCUGGAUGUGUACCGUCUGUCCUCCAUGGUGACAGAGCAUGAUGCUAAGAAGGCUGGAGCUGAGGUCGUCAAGCAGGUGGAGCACCCCCUGCUCAGUGGCCUGCUCUACCCUGGACUGCAGGCUCUGGAUGAGGAGUACCUCAAGGUGGACGCCCAGUUUGGAGGAGUUGACCAGAGGAAGAUUUUCACUCUGGCAGAGAAGUACUUGCCUACCCUUGGCUAUGCCAAGCGCUCCCAUCUAAUGAACCCGAUGGUGCCAGGACUGACGGGGGCCAAGAUGAGCUCCUCAGAGGAAGAGUCAAAGAUCGAUCUGCUGGACUCUGCCGGAGACGUGAAGAAGAAGCUGAAGAAGGCUUUCUGUGAGCCGGGCAACAUCCAGAACAAUGGAGUCCUCUCCUUUGUCAAACAUGUGGUCUUCCCUCUCCGCGGAGAGUUCUGCGUCAAAAGAGACCCCAAGUGGGGUGGAGACAAAAUCUACACUGCCUUUGAAGAGUUGGAGAAGGACUUUGCUGAGGAGCUGGUCCAUCCAGGAGACCUGAAGGCCUCCGUGGAAGUAGCACUAAACCAACUGCUGGAGCCAAUCCGAAAGAAGUUUGAGUCGCCUGAGCUCCGCAAACUUUCCAACACUGCCUACCCCAACCCCUCCAAGACGAAAGGGGCUGCAAAGGGCACCAAGGCAGGAGGAGGAGAGGAUGACGAGCUGGACCCCUCCAGAGUGGACAUCAGGGUGGGCAAGAUCAUCAGUGUGGAGAAGCAUCCAGACGCUGAUUCACUGUACCUGGAGAAGAUUGAUGUGGGGGAGCCGCAGCCAAGAACGGUAGUCAGCGGUCUGGUGGCCUAUGUUUCCCAGGAGGACUUGCAGGACCGACUGGUGUUGGUGCUGUGCAAUCUGAAACCCCAGAAGAUGCGAGGGAUUGAGUCUCAAGCCAUGCUGCUGUGUGCCUCUAUUGAAGGGGAGCCCAGGAGGGUGGAGCCUCUGGACCCUCCAGAGGGGUCGUCGCCAGGAGAACGGGUCUUUGUCGAGGGAUACGAGACGGGCAAACCAGAUGACAAACUCAACCCAAAGAAGAAGGUGUGGGAGAAAGUACAGGUCGACCUGAAGAUAUCGGGCGAGUGUGUAGCUCAGUGGAAAGACAAGCAGCUGAUGACGAAACUAGGACAGAUCACAUGUAAGACACUCAAAGGAGGCAACAUCAGUUAGGUACAUCACAUUCACCACUCAAGCUGCUCCUGCCGGCCACAUGAAAUCAAGAAUACCUUCAUCAACAAAUCGCCGGUCCCAACUUCAUCUGGAUGCUUUCUUGGCGAGUGAUGGGACAUUGAUGCCAAAAGUCUCAGAUGCUUUGGACUGGCUGGGA